CGUAAUGUUUCGUUUUUCUUCUCCUCCCGAAUCCGAACUUAGGGUUUAUCCCAUGUCCCAUUUUCCUCACUCGUCGAUCUGUCAAAAAAUUGAAAACUGAUGAGGGGAUUUUAUAACAAAAACCUGUUCUUAUACCACCUCGCUGUCAUCACAAGAACCUCAUCAUCCUCAUUUCUGAUCCCUUCACCAUCUUCCCUAUUCCGUGCUCCCAAUUACGCCACAGUCACAGAAACCCUGGAAAAACAAUCCUUUACGGUGAAUUACCUCGUCAACAAUUGUGGGUUCCUCCCAGAUUCGGCUCUUCAUGCUUCAAAAUACGUACUUUUUAAGACUCCAGAGAAACCCGACUCAGUCAUCGCACUCUUCAGGAGCUUCGGUUUCUCAGAUUUGCAGAUUCACAAUGUCAUUCGGAAAUCGCCCGGGAUUCUCCUCUGCAAACCCAAAGAGACCCUCUUGCCCAAGCUCCAGUUUCUCAUCUCCAAAGGUGCUUCAAAAUUACAACUUGCCCGCAUCAUCGAUCUCAACCCUCUAAUCUUGAAAAGAAGCUUAGAGAAACACCUGAUCCCCGCUUUCGAUUUGUUGAACAAUUUCAUUCGUUCUGAAGAAAGGACCGUUGCUUCUAUCUUACGUGCUGGCCAAAUUUUAACUUGUUCUAGGUCGCUUCGAAAUAUUAACAUGUUGGUUGAUUUAGGGGUCCGUGAGAUAAGCAUGGCAAGGCUAAUUCGGCAGUGGCCUUGGUUGCUUGUAUGCAAUUCUGAAGUUCGCCUUAAGAGUAUUGUAGAUGAAGUCAUUAAAAUGGGGCUUGAUCCCAGCAAGGCUAAUUUCGUUCCUGCAUUGUAUGCUACGUAUCUUCCAAAGUCCAUGUGGGAUAAGAAGGUUGAGUUGUUCAAGAGGUUUGGAUUAACUGACGACAACAUUCUUGAGGCGUUUGUGAAGCACUCUUGCUGUAUGCUGAUAUCUGUGCAGAAAACUGAGGCCUGCAUUGAAUUCUUUGUCAAUGAACUCGGUUGGAAGCCUGUUGAUGUCACCAAUUAUCCGGUUCUUCUCUCGCUGAAUUUGGAGAAAAGGGUUGUUCCCAGGGCUGCUGUCUUGAAGAUUCUUAUGGCCAAUGGUGCCAUUAGCAGUGGAAACGGAUUGAAUUGGACGUGAAUCAGCAACACAUGUUCUUUUUAAAUGUUUGACAGCAUUACUAUUAUCAUACAAAUGUUGUACACUUGUUCGGAUGCUACUGAAAGUUUACAACAUGCACCAACACCAACAAGGAUUCAUAGUUGUGGGAAGGCAUCAUCACCAACAGUAACAGCUAAUGUGUGUUGUCCACUCACUCCAUGUUGUGACAACCCUCUUACCAAUUGAAAAUUAAG